UCCCGCUCCGCGCACACGCUUAGUUUUCACAUCGCCAUCUCCUUCUCUCCCCAGAAAACCCUCUCCCAUGGCGUCGAGGGGGGUCGGGUACGGUGGUGGACGAGGCGGGCGAGGCGACGGCGCAGGGCGCCGCCCCGGUGGACGGGGAGACGGCCGAGGGCGCGGAUCCGGCGGCCGUGGCGAGGCUGGAGGAGGAGAUUACGGUCGCGGCGAUGGCGGAGGCCGCGGCCCUGGUGCUCCAACUCCAGGAGCGGGCGAGUACAAUCAGCAAGCGCCACCCGCGCGCGUCGACGCUAGAGGCCGAGGUCCCGGCGGACCGGCUGGCUUCCGCCCCGCCGCGCCGCGUCCGGCCGCGCCUGCGGUUCCCGCGACGGCCUCUACGAGUUCUUCGCGCGCCCCUCCGUCUUCGGCUACGAUGGCGCCUGCUGACGCUCUCGCGAGGGACGUGGGCAGGCUGACCGUGGAGGCGCCCCCGGCUCCUCGUUCCUCCGCACCCGCCGCGGCGGGAGCCCCGGCUCUUCGUCCCCCUGCUCAGCCCGCGGCCGCGGGCGGAUCUCAACCGGAAUCCCAGGCGCCUGCGCCUGCGCCACCGGCAGCCACCCCGGUGUCGAGCAAGUCGGUGGCCCCACCGGGUCGUCCGGGUUUCGGUACGGAGGGGCGGAAGAUGAUCGUGCGAGCGAACCACUUCCUCGUCGGCUUCGCGGACAAGGACAUCUGCCACUACGAUGUUGCAAUUACUCCUGAGCCCAAGACAAGACGGAUCAACAGGGUUCUAAUGACGGAGCUGACAAGCAAGCACCGCGUGUCGUCUCUCGGUGGCCUACUGGUCGCAUACGAUGGCAGCAAGAGCCUGUACACUGCAGGCGAGCUGCCAUUCCAGGCGAUGGAUUUCUCCAUCAAGCUGGGGAAACCACCAAGAGAAACUGAGUACAAGGUCACGAUUCGGUUCGCCGCGCGGGCAAACUUGUACCACCUGCAGCAGUUCCUCAGUGGGAAGCAACGUGAUUCUCCACAGGACACAAUACAAGCGCUCGACGUUGUGUUGAGAGAGUCACCUUCUCUGAACUAUGUCACCGUUUCUCGAUCCUUCUACUCCACAAUAUUUGGCCAACGUGACAUCGGUGAUGGGCUGGAGUGCUGGAGAGGAUAUUACCAAAGCUUGCGCCCCACUCAGAUGGGCCUCUCACUGAAUAUAGAUAUAUCAUCAACGCCAUUUUACAAACCUAUAUCGGUGAUGCAAUUUGUUCAGGAGUGUCUGAAUCUGAGGAAUCCCGACCCCAAUCGCCCCCUUUCUGACAGGGACCGUCUGAAGCUUAGGAAAGCAUUGCGCGGGAUUCGUGUUGAAACCACUCAUCAAGAGGGCAAAAGGAGUGCCUACAAGAUAACUGGGAUUACUUCUGUUCCGCUGAUUCAGCUCAACUUUCCUCUGGAUGAAGGCAACCAAAUGACUGUUGUGCAAUACUUUUGGGGCCGAUACAAGUAUAGAUUGAGGUUCACUUCUUGGCCUUGUCUGCAGUCUGGAAAUGAUUCUCGCCCUAUAUAUUUGCCAAUGGAGGUAUGCAAAAUUAUUGAAGGGCAGAGGUUCACCAGGAAGCUUAACGAGAAACAAGUGACUGGCAUACUGAGAGCUACGUGCGAACGCCCCCGUGAUAGGGAGAACAGCAUACUUAAGAUGGUGGAGCACAACAACUAUUCAGCUGAUAAGCUGGCGCAGGAGUUUGGAAUUGAUGUUACAGAUAAAAUGGUCAAUGUGCAGGCUCGCGUGCUACCUCCCCCCAUGCUCAAAUAUCAUGAAUCUGGAAAGGACAAAGCUUGUGCACCAAGUGUUGGCCAGUGGAACAUGAUUGGCAAGAAAAUGAUAAAUGGAGGGAAUGUUCAGAGAUGGACUUGCUUGAACUUUUCACGUUUGCACAUUGAUGGAGUCAAAAGGUUUUGUGGCGACUUAGUCAAAAUGUGCAACGCCAUCGGGAUGGUUUUCAAUCCUAUGCCAGUGGUAGAAAUUCUCUCAGCGUCCGCCAAUAACAUAGAAGGUGCUUUGAAGGAUGCUCACCAGAGUGCCCGUGACCUCCAGUUGCUUAUUGUGAUUCUUCCGGAUGUUACUGGCCAUUACGGGAAAGUUAAGAAGGUGUGCGAGACUGACCUUGGUAUAGUAUCUCAAUGUCUCAAGCCAGACAAGGUCGAAAGAGCAAACAAGCAGUAUUUUGAAAAUGUUGCACUUAAAGUCAAUGUCAAGGUCGGAGGGAGAAAUACAGCUCUUCAGCAAGCUCUUACACGUCAAAUACCGUUAGUCACCGAUCAACCGACGAUCUUUUUUGGUGCUGAUGUAACACAUCCGGCGGCAGGGGAUGAUUCCUCACCGUCAAUUGCAGCCGUGGUGGCCUCCAUGGACUGGCCUGAAAUCACAAAGUACAAAGCUGUGGUUUCUGCCCAACCGCCCAGGCAGGAGAUUAUUCAAGAUCUCUAUUGCACAGGCAUAGACCCUGAGAAGGGCACCCCUGUACACAGUGGAAUGAUGCGGGAGUUGCUAGUGUCAUUCUUUCAGAAGACCAAACAUAAACCCAGCAGGAUCAUAUUCUACAGGGACGGUGUGAGUGAAGGGCAGUUCGCCCAAGUUCUGAUGUAUGAAAUGGAUGCCAUCAGGAAGGCUUGUGCAUCUUUGCAGGAGGAUUAUCAGCCCCCUGUGACAUUUGUGGUUGUCCAGAAAAGGCAUCACACAAGGCUCUUCCCUGAGGUGCACGGAAAAGAGACCGACAAAAGUGGAAACAUCCUUCCUGGAACCGUGGUCGACACCAACAUAUGCCAUCCCACCGAGUUUGAUUUCUACCUGUGUAGCCAUGCCGGGAUUCAGGGCACAAGCAGACCAACUCACUACCAUGUCCUCUUCGAUGAAAACCGUUUCACUGCCGAUGGGCUGCAGCUGCUCACCAACAACCUGUGCUACACAUACGCUCGAUGUACUCGCUCUGUCUCUGUUGUUCCUCCUGCCUACUACGCUCACCUGGCUGCGUUCCGCGCACGGUAUUACGACGAGCCAUCGGAGGGCUCGGACAGCGCCUCGAUCGUCAGCGGUGGCACCCGGGAGUCAGCUGCCACCGGCGCAGGAGCUGCUGGUCCUCCUGGGACAUACCGUCGCCUCCCCAGGAUCAGGGAUAACGUCAAGGACGUGAUGUUCUAUUGUUGAAUCGGCCCAUUGACAAGUUCAUGGGAGUCGUGUGUUUUGUUGGCUUGCUGCUUAAUUAGGUGGUACAUUUGCUGAUUUGGUGGUACAUUUGCUGGGAACUUGUGAUGUUGGCUCAUGAAUGUACCUUGGUAUGGUGUUGGUAAAACAUGGGAGAUGUGAUGCGUC